UCCUUGGAUACCCUCCGGAAUUAUAACCAACACAGAGCGCACGGAAUGGGCAUACGCCACCGACUGCAACCCACACCAUGAAGAGAAAAUGCAUUUGUGAGAUCUGCACCUGUGGGCGCCAUCGCUGUCCGCACCUUCCCACUGCAAUCUACGAAAAGAUUAGCAAACCAUGCUUAAUUACUGAGUAUGUGGAGAAAUUUGCUCCAUAUGGAAUCAUUCAGCCGAGGGAAUCCUACAGACCACGAGAAGGCUAUCAGCGGCACCCAGGCAAGAUGGAAUCCAUGACCACGUUCAGAGCAGAUUUUAUUCCGCAUGAAAUACAGCCUCGGCCGAUGAUAAUAACUGAGGAACUCAGGCAGCCCCAUGGGGCUAUGAAUUUGGACACUACUUACAAACGGGAUUUUAACCUCCAGCCAAUCCAGUCAGUACCGCCAGCCCGGCCAGCAGAGCAAAUGCACGGCUCCACUGCAAAGAUGCUGACAAUUCCAACGUACAAAGAUCAUUACAAACAAUGGAAGCUCUCAAAAAGGGAGACAAUGAAACCAGAACAUAUUUUCAAAUUUGGAAAUCCAACCGCCUUUGAGGGUGAUGAUUCCUUUAAAAUCUCCGGUCCCAAUCAGGGUUCUAAACCUCCAAAUCCAGCAAAGCUGUCAGAUUUGCCCUUUGAUGACAAGACUAAUUAUCGGCAGAGUUACAUACCGUACAAACUGGAGCCCUCUAAACGACGUGAUCCAGAACAAUACAAGCCAAGUGAUAAACCUUUUGAUGCUCUCACCGUGCACAGGAGAGAUUUCAAGGGUCAACCUGGAGAGGUCACAAUGCCCGUUAGACCUCCUUUCACCAAACUCAACUCCAAUCAGCCGCUUUACGAUGUAACUGAAUUCCGUGACAAAUACAGAAGUUGGGUUAUAGAUCGACCUCUGGUCCAUAAGGCUGUGGCGCCCAUUAGUUCUCAGGGUAAAAUGCAUCACAGCACAACUACUCAGACAGACUUUGUUGAGCACAAGCUCCAACCUUUUGUUCCUGUCCGACCUUUACAAGUAAUGAGUGGGCACACUAUUCCCUUUGAAGGGCAGUCCACUAUGAAGGCAGACUACAAGUACUGGGAUGCCACACGGGAAUCUCUUAUCAAGCCUCGGCAGGAACUGGAGAUAGCGGCAGGACGAUUUGAUGACCUGACAACAUUUAGAGCUCAUUAUGUGCCACACCAGAUCAACCUCGCGCAUUCCUACAAACCUCGCAAUUCUUACAUUCCCAGCAGAGUACCAUUAGAUAAUGGAACCACCUAUCAAAUCAGUUAUACUUCAAAGGGUGUGGAGGUGUGUCCUGCCUCAUUUGCAGUGCCUCCAGGUUAUGAGUAUGUGGAGACUGAUGCCCGAGGUCAUAAACUAUAUCAACCAGUAAACGAAGAGGAAUGUAUUCACCCCACUUUGGCAAAUAACUCUGCGGAUACUACUUCAAAUUCACCUGACCCUCAAAAGGCUGCCAGUGAUUUGAAAGUAGGCUUCCCAAAUGAUGCAAUCAUUGCAGCUUAAUGGAAAUGCAUGUCAUUACCCUAGAUGGAAAUAUUUAUUUUUUUUAGGGAAACAUUAAUUGUAGAUUUGCUUGCUUUUGAUCCAUUUAGAAGCAGUGGUAAAUACAUAAGCUGUUCAUUUUGAAGAUACUAGGACCUGCUGUCUGGGAACCAGGACCAACACGAUAGCUUUGGCUACAAUGAAUGUUAAUCCUUUUAAUCCCUGUCCUAUUGGAUAAAUCUGAUCUGCUCCCUGUAGCUCAGACUGAUAACAGUAAAAUAAACUUGAGGCCAACACCACUAACAUUGCUGCAUACUUAAUUUCUGCGAUGGGGAGAGGUUUCUAAGUGUUUUUUUUUUACUCUAAUCUAGAAGAGCUGAUCGCAUUGAGAUGUACAGUACAUUUAAGGAAGAUUUUACAGGGUGGGGUGAUGAUGAUUUUUCUUGCUGGAAAACCUAGAACUCUGGGUGAUAGUUUCAGUAUGAUGGGGUCAAUCGAGGAGUGAGUUGAGGAGACUACGUGUGCAGCUGUCCUGGAAAUGAGUGGCUUACUGAAACAUUUCAAAGAGUUGUUAAAAGUCACUCACAUUGUCAUGAGUCAGGGGUCAUGUUUAGAGGAGCUAAGGUUUGGAACUUCCUUGAGAGUAAGGGGUAAGAUCAUUGAAGUGUGUAACUUUAUGGAAGUCUAAUUUCCUUUCCCAGUAGUUGAGGAUGGGGAAUGCAACACUAUUGAAAAAAUAUUAAAUAUAAAGGAAUUCUAGAGAAACCUCGGAUUUUGAAGAGUAGAGAUUUGCUUUCCAGAGCUGUUGGAUGAGAAAUGAAGAUUUUCAACCACUAAGUCCUUUGCAGCCAUGGACUUGUUUCGUUAAUCCCAUUUUAUUUUCCCUAGAUUUCCAACAGCUUCCUCCCCCCCUCCCAACCUCCCCCAUAUUCAGAACUUCUAAACUGUGGUGCCCAUGACCACUCUCUUUGCAAUCACUGGUCAACUCUCUACUCCCUUCCUCUGACACUGACAGCUAUGCGUGGACCUCCCCAGAUCUCACAUUCUGAGGUCCCCUGCCAUGGCCUCUUUUCCUCUUUCCUCCUUUCUCAAGCUCCAAGAAACUUUAAUCAUUCUGGUGCUAAGCAGGUGUGACACCUCCAUUUCCCUGAUUACCUUAAACGCACGAAUUCUGAAGAUGAAGGAAAUCCAAAGAAGAAAAAUUUCCCUCCCACUCCCUUUUCCCCAAUUUCCCCAAUUCCCCAAUUGGCCUCAUCUCUUCUCAUUUGCCUACCACGUCCCCCUGGGUCCUUCCUCCUAUGGUCCACUUUCCUUUCCUAUUAUUUUCUUUCAUCUCCAGCCCUUACCCUUGAUGCACCAUCAAUAAAUCUCUGAGACGUGAAGGCGAGAUAUCAGCUUUUAUUGACUGGAAGAAAGAACAAGAAGUAGUUGACCACCAUACUACAUCCUGGAGACUGAGGGCCGGGCUCAGGCCUCAAUUGCCUUUAAACCGGGGUCUGUGGGAGGAGCCACAGGAGCAGUCAGCAGGGGGUGUGUCCAGACAGGUAUGCGUAGUUCACCACAACCCUUUCCACACAGUUGGUUCUCCUAUCACUUUCCAGCUGUCCCCCUUCCUCACCCACCCCUACCUUUUAAUUUUGUUGUCCUCCCACUUCCUUUCCAUCCUGAAGAAGGGUCCCGGUCCAAAACAUCAACUGCUUAUUCAUUUCUAAGGAUGUUGCCUGACCUGUUGAGUUCCUCCAGCAUUUUGUGUGUUACCUGAUAAGUAAACAGGUCAGGCCUUUGUCUCUCAGACAAUCUUAGAUUUCUCUAAUGUUUUAAAGCUGAAUGAAACACACUUCCUUCAGUGCUAAGCACAUGAAAUAAGAAAAAAUGAUUCAAAUUUCAAAAAAUUAUCUUACGUAGGUGAAAUUCCAAAUGCAAGCAAAGUAUUUGAAAAAUACCGUGUUACCAGAUUCAAGAUUCAAAGAGCAUUUAUUAUACAAGAAUGUAUAAGUUGUACAAUCUUGAGAUUUGUUUGCUUACAGGCAGUUGCAAAGCAAGGAACUUAAAAGAACCCAAUUGAAAAAAGAACUCUCCCCCCACCCCCAGUGCCCUGUGAGAAAGAGAAAAAGAAACCCCAACCAUAUCGUGCAAACAAUAGAAAUGAGCAGCAACAACAUUCCAAACCUAACUGAGUCCUUAGAUCCAAAUCCCUGGAACAACAUGGAGCAGGCCCAAAGCCACGAUAUUCAGUUCAUCACAUAAGCAGGACAAACCGCCGCAAAGUUAGCAGACACAAAGCACAGUAGCCGGGGGCACUCUCAUGGCCUUAACGUCAUGGAGAGAGAAGCCCACAGACUAUCUUGGCCAGGGUUUAAAUUGUCUGAACCUCUCACUGGGACCUGGCCCCACCACAGCGAAUCACUCCAGGCUUAGACUUUGCUGCUGGGGAAGACGUUCUCAACUUCUCCAAAUCAGCUCAGCGCCCAGAGCUAUCCAUCCUCGCCCAACACCCUGCCUUCCAUUCUAGCUGGGAUUGUCCAAACAGCGUAUAGUACCUCAUGUUAGAACCCGGACCUUGCUGUGGUGAAUCGUUCUAGUCCUAGAACACGCUGCCCAGCGAUUCACUUUAGACCUAGAUUUCGCUGCCAACGAAGCCAUUCUCAACCUCUUCAAGUUGGCUCAGCGCUGAGAAUGAUCCAUCCUCACAACCAGGCCAGCUGAACAGGCAUCAGAGCUCCUCCCCUCUGAAUCGUUAACUCCAACCAGCACGGCUCCAACUCCAGGUGCGCUGAUUUUACCUGGGCUACCUAGAACUGGGAAGAUCAGGGAGUGAGUCACUAUGUUAAAAGGGUUCAGUUUAUUACAAUGAGGAAGACAAAUUUCAUGCAGAUGUGAGUGAAGCUUGAAAUACGAUGAAGGAUUGGUCCAGAGCAAAUUCAAGGCAGAUAAUUUUAGCUGGUAAGGGUUGGUGCACCAGCAUUGAAGAUUGUCUCUGUAGUCAGUGAGAUAAUGGAGACCAGGGUGGCAUAAGUCAAAUUACUGCUUCUCUUUCUGAUGAUUUUAUGUUCACCAAUGCCUUGUCUGGGCUUUACAAGAAUCACUCAGCUCCAGAUUUCAUUUCAGGCUUAGUGCAAAUGUGGAACCAAGAGCAAUGUGGUGAGAAUAACUAACCUAGACAUAAUGGCAAUAUUUCACAUUGUGGCAUAAAAGAACUCAAGAAAAACCAAAAGCAAGUAGGCAUUGAGGCAAAAACUUACUAGGUGUCCUAGCACAACAGUAGUUAUGGUUGUUUUAGGUUCCUCCUUGCUGUCCAAGACACCUUAGCAAAGCUCUAGACUCAACCCUUUUUGGCUGCUUUGCCCUCUGAGGGCAGAAUUAAUGAUGACUAAUCAUGACUGCACAAAGUUCAAUUCUAGUUGCCACUGGUCUGGUAGCCAAAGCAGACUAAAGCACAGGCUUAUAAAUGGCAAGUCACAUUCAUGCCAUGUACUGUGCCAGGGAAUGUUCAUUUCCAACAAAAGAGUCUAUCCACCUCCUCUUAACAUUCAAUGGUAUCACCAGCACUGCUCUCUAUUGUUAAAGAUCAGAAAAUAAAACAGAUAGGCCAAGCACAAUAAAUAUUGCAAACACAGAAACAUAUCAGAGUUUCGGUACUCUACAGUUAGUGCCUCCCCUCCUGGUGUUCCAGCAUCUACAAAGUUUAAAUCAGGAGUGUGUUGGGAACAUAAGAUCUAGGAGCAGAAAUACCAUGCAGUGAAUCAGGAUCAUGGUUUUGAUUUUCUGCCCUUGUGUUAGUUUUUUGUACUUUCCCCAAAACCCUUGAUUGCAAAAUGAAGCUUCUCUCUAUUUCAAUCCUCAGUGAUUCACCCAUUAUCCCAAGACUAACCUUCAAAUGUAGACUCCUCAGCCAGAUGAAACAUCCUUCCUGCAUUCAGUAUGUCCAACCCUGUUAAGAAUUUUUUAAGCUUCAGGGAGAGUCCCCUCAUUCUUCUCAACAGUCAUAUCUCAUGCAACAAGCCUACAAACUCAAGGACCAUUCUAAUAAAUCUUUGCUGCACUUCCUCUGGAAUAAGUGCAUCUCUUUUUAAAUAAGUGUCAAAACUGUAUACAUUGCUCUAGGAUGCAAUCCUACAUGUAUAAUUGCAAUAAGACCUCUUUACUUCUGUGGAAAAAUACUCUCAAAAGAAUGGAUAACAAGUUCCUUCUGCUCCUGUGUGCCAUUUUCCGUGACUUGUGCAGUAUCCACAGGUAUAAGAACACUCAGGUUACUAACAUGAACUUUUCCUAAUCUUUCAACAUUCCCAAAACACUCUGCCUUUCUCUGUUGUGCACAUUUAGCCACAUUAUUUGCCACAUAUUCUUCUGUUCACUUGGCUUCUCCCUGUUCACAACCCUGCCUAGCUCAAUAUCAACAGCAAAUUGGGAUGUAAGAUAUUUAAUCACCUCAGCUAAAUUGUUGAUAUAGAUUUAGAGCCAUCUCCACAACAGUCUCUACUUGUCUAGAAAAUGCAGCUUCAUUACAAUACUAGAUCAACACGAUCAGGAACAAAGGAACCCACUUGACUUUCACCCUAUCAUGCCCCCAAUACAUUGGCAGUGAACAGAGUGCGUACUGUCUACAACAUGCACUGCAAUUAUGCAGACUGCUCUGACUGUACGUCCUAAACUCACAGCUUUCACUACCAAGAACAAUCAGUCAGAAUGUUCCAUAUUUUGACUAAUGUUUUCUGAAAAUUGAGUUUUCAUAGCCUCUAAGCUUUUACACAUCAUCACAAGUUAAUUACAUCACAAAAAAAAUCAGACUACCUAACUUUUUGUACAUGUAUUGAGUCUCUAGCCAAGUACUGAGCGUGUCAGAGUAUGGUCAUUCUAAGCUAGAAAUGAUGAAUGAAAAUAGUAUAUUUUAUAUUUUUUUUAGUUUUCUGUGCUAAACAUGUUACAUGAUGAACUAGAGAAAAUACUUUAAAGCUUUACAAAAUCUUUAGUGGAUCAGAUCUUAACUGCAGUUGAUGAAUUCCUUUAACUCAGCACACUUUUUCAGCUUUAAUGAAAUAUUGUAACUGUCACUUCUGGCAAAGAAUUCUCUUGUUGCAAAGUAUUUUAUAUAAUUUUUCUUAGGAAUGCUCGUAAUGUUACAUCGUAUUCUGCCAGAGUUAUGGCUGAAAUUUUUUUGAAAUGUGUUCUUGAUGUGCAAUCUUUUGAAGAAUUGUACCAGGUUUUCACGUACUGCUGGAUGGUUGUUUGGUACUGUGCCUUCUGCAGAUCUUGGACUGAACGUUUAACUGUGGCUGAAUUUCUUAGCUUAAGUGACUUGUAAAGCCUUGCCCAACCUCAGUCGGUGCAUGCAGAUGUGCUAAUACAGAUUGUAUAGGUUAAAUCAAAGCAGUUAAAAAUAAUAUGGGAAAGAUUAAUUCACUUGGGUGGUGAAAUAAAUGGUUUCAACUUCUAUGAUGUAUCAUCAUACAAAUUAUUUUAUUGUUGUGGAAUCAAUAUUUAAUUCAAUAAAUA